AAUAUGGCUCAUCAGGAUGAUGGUGUUAGCUUUGAGGUGCGUCGAUAUGACCCUGCGAAGUAUGCCGCAGUCUCCUCUGAGGGACGAACCUACGACCAGGUGAUAGGGGAGCUGGUGAGGAAGCUGCUCAUGUACAUCGGUGGGAACAACGAACAAGGUGAGGCCAUGGGUAUAGCGUUUCCCAUCAUAAUCACGGUGUAUCCACGCAACGAUGGCGUUUUCUCUCGACGUUUGGCUGUAGGCAUCMGAAUUCCUUCCACCUACCAGCAGAGCCCCCCGACACCCAGUGACAGUGCCAUCAGGAUCGAAGAGCGACCUGGCAUGACCGUCUACACUCUGCAGUUUGGCGGCUUCGCAGGGGAAAGCGAGUAUCGAGCCGAGGCCUUGCGUCUGACGCGCACCCUGGGCGAAACGGCACCAUAUCAGCGCAAACAGUUCUUCUGCUGUAGCUUCGACCCACCGCUCAAGCCUUACGGACGUAGAAACGAGGUUUGGUUUCUACAGGAAGAGCCGUGAAAGACGUUCACUUAAGUCAAAUCAGUUUGUUGUAAAAAAAAAUUGGACUUUUUUUGUCACAGCAGAAAGCUGUAAAACUUAAGUCAGGUGUUCUGCGAUGGGACCAUUUCAAAUGAAGCAACAAGAAAGAAGCAGCUUCAACUUGUUUAUCAGACUUUCUGUAAUUCAWCUUCUCUAAGGGUUUUCCUUAAAAUAACAGAAUACAUCUUAACAUAUAGUUUUUACAAGAAUUUUGUUUAAAAGGAGAAAGAACAUAUUGGAAGUUCAGUCUGUUCAGAAAGAUGUGCAUUAAUGAGGAGCAUAGAGAUACAAAUACAACUUCSUCAUAGCAACUAUGAUGUAAAUAUUUUCGUCAUAUAUAGAAAGAAUGCAUGCCCUUAUAUUUUCCUGAAUUGUUUGUCCUUAAUGCUGCUGGUUUCCAGGAAAGCUCCCUAACAUCAGUUAAAGCUAUGGGAAAUGUAAAGAAUGGUUAUAAAACUUUGAAGGAAUGCAURUCAGCCUGUGAGAAAUUGCAAAGUGAAGCCAUUUUGGUCAAACGUCCGAAGCUGUCAUCUGUAAACUGGACUGAGUUAUAACAAUCUUUAUGUGGAAGACAGAUUUGCUUUGGCGGCCAUCUUUAAUUGGGUUGACUCCAGAAGUUGAUCAGUUGUAGAUGCACAUCCAAUGAUAACUUCCAAUAAAGUCUGUCCACUGGUGCAUUAGAUAUUUUGCUAACAGACAAACAGGGUGGACAUUGGACAGUUAAGACCAAAGCUUUAAGCAAAGAUCUUGUGCAAUGAGCAGUGUUCGGAGUAUAUGUUGUGGAUAACUCUCAGCUAUUUUGUCUYAGUGUUUGUCAAACUGAUUUGCUAGAGCCAUUUUUGCGCUCUGUAAAUUCAGUCGACUGUGGCGGCCAUCUUGAAUUGUGUUGGCUUUAAAAGCUAAUCAGCUGUAGAUGGAUAUGCAGCGAUUAUUGUCUGAUCAUUGUAUUCAAAUCUGUCAACUGGUUAACAAGAUAUUUUGCUAACAGAUAAAGACAUGCUUAGGCACAGGAGAAAACCCUGAGUUUAAUACCUGAGGGACAGGUGUGCUCUUUUCUAACUUUAGAAUUUUGUGUUGUCACGUUGGUUCAGAAAGCUUCUGCAUGUUUGUGUUUCAGUGCAUGACGUUUGCCAUCCUUAUUUAAUGAAACUCUAAAACAUAUGUGACCUGUUUGUUCAAAUCAGUUUUCUGUGAUGAAGUUAAUCUUCAGGCUCGACAUCGUUUCAUUGUAUAAUAAAUAUAAUAAUUCAGUUAGAGUGUAGACUCUUGUGAGUUUGCUUGUUUUAUCAGAUUUCAUGGCAGAAUAUUUCUUUCAGAGUAAGACGUUGCACUCCAUUGUUCGAUUUUAUUUAACUCAAAAACGAAACGUGACUCAUGCAGCUGGAAGCUUUUGCAAAAAUACAUUUACGGUGUGGUGAAGAAGUCGUUCUAAAGUUAAGCAUUUAGGAGGCAUUAAAAAAUCUUUUUACAGAUGGUUCAGUUUUUGAAGAGGAUUUCGGUGGUGUUGUGAACAAUAAAUAUCUUACCUGUUACAGAAAGCUUUGUGAACAGCAACAGUUUGGGAGAUAUAUUAUUUCUGACCAGACCGACAAGCUGAACAGCUGGUCCAGUCGAGACCAGGAACAAAGUGGAUUACUAUAACUUGUUUAAAAAUGUCCUACUGAUUCAUUCCAGUUCUUUUUUCUAAAUCUACCAUCAUUAAUUUUACACAGCAGAAACAUUAUGGGGCUAACUGCUGCUACUGUACCUUUUGCUCUUACAAUUACUCACAGAUUUGUAUGUAAAUGUAGGGGUAAUGGCAUGUGACGGUGAUGCAAAUGGUCAUAAAAUGGGGGUUGUAUACUUUUAAAUAUUUGAAUUGGACAAUCAGGUUUCUAAAGAUAAAAAAUAAUAUCUAAGACAAAACUAUUUCAUUUGCAUAUGUGAAUGUAUGUAAAUUAGCAGUGAGAUUUAGAAGAUUGCACAGGGGUUGCCACCUGAAAUCUCGCAUAGGGCGCAAAAUUGGCUCGAGUCGGCCCUAGUUACAAGAUGCAAGACAUUAACUUUGUUCUUGGCUGAACUUUGACAGAAAAAAAAUGUGAAUUUUCCAUGUUUUUCAAUUGUCCCCAUAUAGAAAUCCWUGCAACUACAUGAACAGAUUAUGUUCUUCCAAAAUCACAUGGAAAUACGCAAAAUGUGUUUUUCAACAUUCUUUGGUAAAAUCCAGUGCUUUUUGUUCAAAAUCCAGACAAGUGUUUUCUGUAUGUCACAUUUACCAUGUAAAAACAUGUUUUUCCUUUAAUAACCAUUAAAAGGCAAAUCUGGUCAAUUUUUCUUUA